UUGCGAAAACUAAACUAAAAUCUCUCGUCUCUUCCUGGAUUUUUGGUUCCUUCAUAGAUUGCUUCAUCUCUGCUAGAUUCCUCUUUUACACUGUAAAUCAUCCAAAAUUCAAGAUCGUAUAUACACAUACACACCUGCAAAGAAUCAAUCUCAUCUCUCUCUCCACUACUCCAGCUCAAAAGCCUAAACGCACCGAUCAACACCCCCUAACCUCCAUUUACGUUAAAUCGUCUACUGUUCAGCUCCCAAAAAAACCAAUGUUUUUCUCCGGCGAUCCUUCCACUCGGAAACGAGUCGAUUUAGGAGGCCGGAGCACCAAGGAGGGAGACGCUCGCAAGCUUCUUGAGCAGACCAGGAUUGAGCGUAGUCGCCGUCUCCUUCAGAAGCAGCAGAACUCCGCUUCCCUCAAAAUUCAGAAAUUCUUUAGAGGUAGAAGGGAAAUGGCAGUUGAGCGGUGUAAGGUGAGGCGUGACUUCUGUGUAACCUAUGGGGAUAAUUGCCAGAAUGUCGAUAGGCAUUGCUUUGAGCCAGAUUCUAGUUUCCUUCGUCAGUUUUUGUUUUUCUUCAAGGCGCAAAACUCUGGGGAUUUUGUGAUGCUUGUGGAGAUGUGUCGUCUACUGCGAGAUUUUGCACACAGUAGUGGUGACAUUCUCAACCUUUUCUCUGGCUUGGACUAUUCUAUUGAGCGUACUUUAGUGGAUUUUAGAGUAAAGAAACUUGCAUUUACCUGCAUCGAGGCUAUACAUUACAACAGGGAGCGUUUAAGGGACCAGCUCUUAGUUACUACUGAGGAAGCUAGCAUUUCGACAGCUAUCUUGAUGGAUGCAAUGUCGUUGUUGCUAGAUCCUAAGCUGCCUUGGGUUUGCAAAAUAGUUAGUCAUCUACAGAAAAGAAACAUAUUCAAACUGGUCAAAGAAAUUGUGACUACGGCUAAGGAAGCCGCAAGAGGUCCAACUAUGAACGGCAGCAUCCUUUCACUAGAAAGAGUAUUGGUCCUGGUAGUACCACAUGUUGGCCGUGAGCUAUGUUGCUGCGCUGUUGUUGAUCCACGUUGGAGUUUCUCAUCUAUGAUCCUUACCAUACCCUUUAUAUGGAAGCUCUUCCCAACCUUGAAAGUGGUAUUUGCCAACCCAAGUCUAAGUCAACACUACAUUCACCAGAUGGCUUUCUGUAUCCAAAAGGAUAACCAUGUUCUCCCAGUAGAUACAAACACAGAAUUUCCUGGUUAUGCUUGUCUUCUUGGUAAUACAUUGGAAAUUGCAAACGUGGUCUUGUCACAGCCUGAAUGUUCAUUGGACAUGGCAAUUGACAUUGCAUCUGUUGCAACUUUCUUAUUGGAGAAACUUCCUCCUGUUAAGUCAUCAGAAAGAGAAAGCAGACAGAGUUCUUCUGAAGAGGAUGAUAUGUUGAUUGACGAUAUACAAGAACUAGUCUUGAGUAGGACUCUAGAGCAGCAGAUAACCACCAAUGCUAUAGACUCACGUUUUCUUCUGCAGUUAACAAAUGUUUUGUUCCAUCAGGGUUCGGUUGGUACGCAGUCAUAUGACGAAGAUAAAGAAGCACUAGCUAUUGGCACAGCCAGUUCUUUUCUGUAUGCGGCAUUCAACACUCUCCCUCUUGAGCGAAUAAUGACAGUUUUGGCUUAUAGAACCGAGCUUGUAGUUGUGUUGUGGAAUUAUAUGAAACGAUGCCAUGAGAACCAGAAGUGGUCAUCCAUGCCUAGUGUCCUACCUUAUCUUCCAGCGGAUGCCCCGGGCUGGCUAUUACCUCUGGCUGUCUUUUGUCCUGUUUAUAAGCAUAUGCUUAUGAUAGUAGACAGUGAGGAGUUUUACGAACGAGAGAAGCCACUGUCGCUACAAGAUAUCAGGUUGCUUAUCAUCAUUCUCAAGCAAGCUUUAUGGCAGUUACUAUGGGUGAAUCCACUUACACAACAUAACUCCGCGAAAUCUGUCUCCAACGACCUCUCUAAGAAGAACGAUGUUGGCCUGAUUCAGAACAGGGUUGGGGUUGUAGUCGCUGAGUUACUUUCACAGGUCAGUGUUCAUUUUAUUGCUAUUUUGACUGUAAGUAAGUAUAACUUGGCAAAGGUCAUUGUUCAUUUUAUUCUGUUUGUUGAUGAAAUCUUUCCGCAGUUUCAAGAUUGGAACAACCGUCAACAAUUCACUUCCUCGAGCGACUUUCAAGCUGAUACAGUCAAUGAAUAUCUUAUCACUCAGGCCGUAGUGGAAGGUACAAGAGCCAACUACAUACUGAUGCAAGCUCCAUUCCUGAUUCCGUUUACAAGCAGAGUCAAAAUAUUCACAAUACAAUUAGCAACGGCGAGGCAGAGUCAUGGAUCUGAAGAAACUUUUGCUCGAAAUCUGUUCAGAAUACGAAGAGAUCACAUCUUGGAUGAUGCUUACAAUAAAAUGAGUGCAUUAUCAGAGGAUGGUCUCCGAGGACCAAUUCGUGUGACAUUUGUCAAUGAACUCGGAGUUGAGGAAGCCGGUAUUGAUGGUGGUGGCAUUUUCAAAGACUUUAUGGAGAAAAUUACCCUAGCAGCGUUUGAUGUGCAGUAUGGGUUGUUUAAGGAGACCGCUGAUCACAUGCUUUAUCCUAAUCCUGGAUCAGGAAUGAUACAUGGGCAGCAUCUCCAGUUCUUUCAUUUUCUCGGGAGCCUUCUCGCAAAAGCUAUGUUUGAAGGGAUUCUAGUUGAUAUACCAUUUGCAACGUUUUUCCUCAGUAAACUGAAACAAAAGUACAACUAUUUGAACGAUUUGCCCUCUCUGGAUCCUGAGUUGUAUAGGCAUCUUAUAUUUCUGAAGCGUUAUAAGGGUGAUAUAUCAGACUUGGAGCUUUACUUUGUUAUUGUGAACAAUGAAUAUGGAGAGAGAACAGAGGAAGAGCUACUUCCAGGGGGGAAAGACAUGCGAGUCACAAAUAAAAAUGUUAUCACUUUCAUUCAUCUGGUUUCCAAUCAUCGGUUAAAUUUUCAGAUACGUCAACAGAGUUCUCACUUCUUGAGGGGGUUUCAGCAACUCAUUCCGAAAGAAAGGAUAGAUAUGUUCAACGAACAUGAGCUCCAGGUUCUCAUAUCUGGUUCAGGCGAUAGUUUAGAUAUUGACGACUUGCGAAAGAACACCAAUUAUGGUGGAGGCUACAACGUUGGACAUUAUGUGAUUGAUAUGUUUUGGGAAGUAAUUAAAAGCUUCUCAUCCGAGAACCAGAAGAAGUUCUUAAAAUUUGUGACGGGAUGUUCAAGAGGACCACUACUCGGUUUCAAAUACUUAGAACCUGCAUUCUGCAUACAGAGGGCUGGUGGUAGCGUGAGUGAUGAAGCAGUUGAUAGACUACCGACAUCAGCUACUUGUAUGAACCUUCUUAAGCUUCCUCCCUAUCAAAGCAAAGAGCAGCUUGAAACCAAAUUGAUGUACGCUAUAAGCGCUGAAGCGGGUUUUGAUCUGAGCUGAAUAGCAUGUUUCUUGGAUGAGGAAGAAAAUCCAUUGUGUGGAUAUUGUCUUCUUUUUGUAAUACUCUAGGAUGUUGGUAAAUAUAUCUUUCACAGUGCAUAAUAAUCCAUCUUGAAGGUUAAUGAAAUAUAAAAGAAUCAAAAAACUCUAUAACGUUGGAGAAAAUGCU